GGUGUUUGUUUUGCCACACUCCCACAAUGACCCCGGGUGGCUAAAAACGUUUGAUGAGUACUUCAUGAGUACCACCGUCCACAUCCUGAACAGCAUGUUAAAUAAACUCACUCAGUAUCGUGACAUGACUUUUGUUUGGGCAGAAAUCUCUUAUCUGGCCAAGUACUGGGACAGCUUGAAAAAUCGUCCUCACCUUCGUGAGACCUUAAAAGACCUUAUUAUGCGUGGACAACUGGAGAUAGUAACCGGUGGAUGGGUAAUGACGGACGAAGCAGCUGCCCACUACUACGCCAUGAUUGACCAACUAAUUGAAGGCCAUCAGUGGAUGAAAAGUACCCUUGGAGUGGCGCCAACAACUGGUUGGUCAAUUGACCCGUUUGGUCACGGUUCGACUGUGCCUUAUUUAUUGAGGUCUUCGGGGAUCAAGAACACAUACAUCCAGAGAACACAUUACGCGUGGAAGCAGUUUCUAGCUGCUAGAGAGCAGUUGGAGUUUUGGUGGAGACAACAGUUUGACUCCAGCUCGGCAUUCAAUAAUUCUCAAGAUGAGGACAUUUUAUGCCACUUGGCGCCUUUCGAUCUGUACAGUGUUAAACAUGCUUGCGGACCCGAUACUGAUGUUUGCCUUCAGUUUGACUUCCGGCGCGUUGCUGGAGAAUUUACUGAGAGCAAAGCUUCCAGAGUGACCAAGGAUAACGUCCAUGAGAAAGCUGAAUUAUUGGUGGGUCAGUACGGUCGCAUGGCUUCCUUAUUUCCUCACAAUGUGGCACUGGCGUUGCUUGGGGAUGAUUUCCGUUUCAAUCACGAUAUGGAAUGGGAUCAGCAGUACCGGAAUUACAAGGUGUUAUUUGACUACAUCAACUCUCAAGAACACUGGAACGUCGAAAUUCAAUUUGGAACCCUAAAUGACUACUUUCAAGAGGUCCACCAGCGGAUGAAGAAGCUAAAUGGAGACCAGUAUCCAACGCUAGUUGGAGACUUCCACCCUUACGGGGACAUUUACGCCGAAGGUCGACCCUCCUACUGGACCGGCUAUUUUUCUACCAGACCCUACUGGAAGCACCUGUCCAGAGAACUGGAACACUGGCUACGAAGUGCUGAGAUAUUGUACACUUUGGCAAGGACAGUCAUUCGGCAACAAGGGAACAUCAGACUGCGAGAAAGGUUAGAUCAAGAUUAUAACUAUUUAACUCUUGCACGCCAAAGUCUGGGUCUGUUCCAGCACCACGACGCUAUUACGGGAACAUCCAAGGAAAUAGUCAUGCAUGACUACGGGCAACAGUUGUAUCGAGGAUUCAAAGAAGUAAUGGGAGUCAUCUCUCAUUCUGCACAGUUUCUUCUACUUCACGAGCCUUUUACCAAGCCGAGCGAUCUACUUCCUGCCCAUCCAAUGACGUCAUAUUUAUUCCCAGAUAUCCAACGGCCAUCCUAUGACACCCUACCCCAAAAAGUAGCUUUGAACGUUCCAAAAGUGGAAGGUCAAAAAGUGGUAGUCUUCAAUUCUAUGCCUCAUUACCGACAAGAAGUGAUUCGAGUUGGAAUCAAGUAUCCUCACGUGCGUGUCGUGGAUCCUUCCGGCAAGGAAGUUCCUUCCCAGGUCAAUCCAGCUUGGAAUGGAUCAGUAGAGAUUUUGAGCAGUAUCUUUGAACUUUUGUUCGUGGCAGAGUUGCCACCGUUGUCAUUAAUAACGUACAUUGUGUACAGAAAGGAAGAACUACUUAAAGUUUCCAAGACAACCAUAACUGUCUUUGUGAGCGAUGUCUUUGCAAAAAUUCCCAGAGCAUCAUUGUUUAACUUUCGGAAUCCAGGCGACGAAGAAAUUGUGUUAAAGAAUCAGUUCUUGACAGCUGUGAUUUCCAAAACCUCGGGACUAUUGGAUUCUGUAGAACUUACAGCAGAGAAGGUUGUCAAGAAAGUGGCGAUGAAAGUAUUAUAUUAUAAUUCUGAGGAAUUCCACAGUGGGGCGUAUUUAUUUCAGCCGAAUAAAAUGUAUCCCGUGUUUAAUAUAAGCGAACGUUUUCCCAUUAUUCGUGUCGUGCAGGGUCAGAUAACCUCAGAGGUGACCACUGUGUAUCCAGGAGUAUUCUCUGUUACCUAUCGCGUCUACCACUUUGAUGGCCCCCUGGCGGAAGGUAUAGAAGUCGAUACGAUAUUUGACAUGUCUGAAAGCAGGCGAAAUAAUGUAGAGUUGUUCCUGAGAGUGGAGAGUGAUUUAAACAGUGAAAAUGCUUUCUUCACAGAUUCCAGUGGGUUUCAGAUGAUUAAAAGAUAUACGCAUGCGCAUGUUCCUACGGAAGCCAACUUCUAUCCAGUUACGUCUGCAGCCUAUAUUGAAGACUCUGAUUGGAGGUUAACAAUGCUCGUUUCUCAUGCCCACGGGUGCAGUAGUCUUCACUCUGGUUGGCUUGAAGUCGUGCUGGACCGCCGACUCCGAUUCGACGACAGUCGUGGGAUGGCUGAGGGGGUUAUGGACAAUAAAAGAACUAACGCACAUUUUUGGUUCUUGCUUGAGAAAAUGAGAUCUGACCCAAAAGAAGAUGAAGUGCCUAAUUUGAGCCAUCUAGCCAACGUUCUGUCUUCUGUGUUGAACUAUCCUGCCAUUAUCUUAGCUUCAGAUGGCAAAGAUGAGCGCCCCCUUCGGGGAGCAAUGACUUUCAUCGAAAAAGCUUUUCCGUGCGAUGUCCAUUUGGUGAACCUUCGGACCACACCGGAAGCUCAGAACUAUAACCAUCCAUCCAAUAGCAGCCUUCUUAUCCUCCACCGCAUGGGUCGCUCGUGCAAGGUGAAAGCUCACGUUACUGAUCCGUGUAAGAACGAACCUAUCAAGGCCCAAUUAAGCAAAUUUCGUCACGUGCAAUUACAGUCCAUUGAACAAACGUCAUUGACUGGAAUUCAUUCUCUUCGGAAAGUCCAGAGCUUUAAUGAUGUCCGUAUCCAACCGAUGGAGAUUCAGACCUAUAGACUUAACUUUGCCCACUAGAGUUCCAGAACUACAAGAAGUGACGUACAUGUCUCUAAAAGUUGGUCUUUCUUCUGAUCCAAGCUCUGGACUGAUGAGAACACAAGUAAAAUACAUUUCAGUACCCAGUCUCUGCAGUUUCAGCACACACACACACACAUACACAGGUCCCUUUCUCUUUUUCUGUAUUAUCUAUAUAAAGAUUGGAUAAGAUGUAUUAUUUGUAGUAGAAUCACUGUAAUUUAGAGUUAGGUAACUACGAAAGCAUUAACCCCCCCCCCCCCCCAAAAAAAAAACAAACAAACAGAUUCAAGCAAAUUAUUGUAAAUAAAGUUUCUAAAGAGGAUAAACUGAAAUUAGACAAAAAUAUAAAUUAAUCUUAUAAACAAAAAAACGACAACUUAAACUUUUAUAUUGUUCAAAACUUGUACGAGAUCAUCUCCAGUAUCUUCAUAUUAUUAAUUAAUUAAUUUUUCCAAUCGAUGACCGACCGAAAUACUGUUUUACGGCCUUCACUAAAUAAUAGCUUACAUCAGAGCAGACUUCGUUCUCAAUGUAAAUACAUGUAAAGAAUGAGAAAGCGUUGAUAAUGGUAAAAUAUGUAUUUUUUUGUUUAAAGACAAGAAUUGUUUUAGUGCUGUUUGUUUAGUAUAUUUUAUUUAUUUAUCCUUAAACUUAAUAUGAUAGAAUUCUUCAUAUUAUUGUUAACCGUAUUCUAGUUUCGUACACCGUUAAUAGCUAUUAUAUUAAGAUGAAAUGUACUAUUUACUCACCUAAUACUUUUAUCAUGUCUCUUGAUGAAUAAAGCUCUGUCUCGCUAAAAUAAGGCUUAGAGCAAGAGGAAAUGUACUAUUUACUCACCUAAUACUUCUAUCAUGUCUCUUGAUGAAUAAACCUCUGUCUCGCUAAAAUAAGGCUUAGAGCAAGAGGAAAUGUACUAUUUACUCACCUAAUACUUUUAUCAUGUCUCUUGAUGAAUAAAGCUCUGUCUCGCUAAAAUAAGGCUUAGAGCAAGAGGAAAUGUAGUAUUUACUCACCUAAUACUUCUAUCAUAUAUUUUUGAGUAGGCCCUAUGUCUCAUUAUUUCAAAAUUAGGCUUAGAGCAAGAGGAAAUGUACUAUUUACUCACCUAAUACUUCUAUCAUGUCUCUUGAUGAAUAAACCUCUGUCUCGCUAAAAUAAGGCUUAGAGCAAGAGGAAAUGUACUAUUUACUCACCUAAUACUUCUAUCAUAUAUUUUUGAGUAGGCCCCUAUGUCUCACUAAAAUUAGGCUUAGAGCAGGAGAGCACACACUAUUAAAUAUGCACAGUUUUGUAAGUGUUCACGCGAGUGGAGAAUAUACAGUUAGAGAACCCAGAGAGGAAUAAGAAUUUGUGUGAAUUGACUAUAUUGCUAUGGCAACAGAAACGAAAGAAAAAUCUAAGGGGGGAACAAGAAAAGAUUCCUCAAAUAUGUCUGCAUCGCAUCUGCAUCAGAUGCUAAUAGCUUCAUGUUGUACAUGAUUACUGUUUCGAUAUUUUAAUAUUUUUACAAGUUAUCAAGAGCAAAACAAAGUCUUAAAAGUUAUUUGGAACUUCGACAAAUAAACAUACUAGGUACCAUAACACCUAAAUAGUCUCUGCUGGUUAUCAUUAUUUGUUUAAUUAUUUAAAGCAACAAUUCAUUGUGAGAGCUUUAGUUUUCGAUAUUUUUAUAUAUAUAUUAUCUAUUUUAUUUUAUUUUUUGUUCUGAGGCUGUAUGAUCAGCUAGGAUACCCUACUGCAAGCUAAGAACACUAUAUCAAAUGUUCUACAUUAUUUACAUGGCUAACUUUUGUUCUGAUCUAUGUAGGUAGCUUAUUUGGAUCAGAAAUCCACGCAUUUUUUUUUCUUCUUCGUACACAGUGUCAACAACUCUUGUUAACCCAGUCAACUUUUAAAUUAAAAAUGAAUAGUUGUAACAUUUUAUAAACUAAGUAUGCAUCAUAUAAAUUGCACAGUUACACUUAUUACGCUUCUCACGCACAGGGGCAUUGCCACUUUGAAAUAGUAUAAUUUUACUUGCUUCUUUCACGACUCGUAUUUGUUUUUUGUUGUUGUUUUUUCGCAAUACAUAACCAACCAUUCGAAUCAGUUACUGUAAACAGAAGAGUAAAAAUAUAACACAUUCAAUUAAACAUUAGAAGGAGAAGAACACUUUUGUGGAGAUGAAACUUGGAAUCUAAAACUUUAUUGCUGGCUGACCAUAAAAAAGAAAAAGUUUCCAGAAAUUUCGUAAAACGAAAAGAGGCUUACGGUGCACGAAAGAAUAACGAUAGUGCCAUGUUUUAUAAACGCCCCUUUUACUCAGCGCUAAGCUCGAGGGCACGUAAUGUUAAAAUUGUGGGUUCGAUCCCUGCGCUGGACACAGCGGAGGUAGCCCAUUCUAUAGCUUCGUGCUUUAACAACAAACAAACGAAAUAUAAGCUCUCCAUACAGGUAACGCUGUAACAGUAUAAAACACGUACACACAUUAGAAAUGACGUCAUACCUGAUGACAAAGCGUAAUUUUUUGUUUAUUUUUAUGUGCACAGUGUUGGUAUGUAUGUUGUUCCUUAAAUGGAAGUUUGAAACUAAUGUUCGUUAACAUUAACAUUUUUACUUGAACACAUUUUUAUUGGCUUAAUUAAAAUUUUUACUCGAACACAUUUUAUUAGUUUAAUUAAAAUUUUUACUCGAA